AUAUAUUAAAUUAAUUGAAAGUCUGAUAAAAUUGCAAAACAGGCUAAAAUUAUGUUCUAUUCCACUCUCUUUUCCCUGAUACACUGAAAAUGGAGAGCAUCGCAGUUCUAAUGACAUGUCCGAUGUACACAUACCUCGAACAAAAUCUACAGACCCGCUUCAAUCUCAUAAAACUAUGGCAACACAAUUCAAACCCCGAGCUCCUCCAAACCCACAAACACAAAAUCAAAGCAAUAGUUGGCAACACUUCAAUCGGAGCAGACGCUGAGUUAAUCAACGCAUUGCCAAAUUUAGAGAUUGUAGCCACCUUCAGUGUUGGGUUAGAUAAAAUUGAUUUGGAAAAAUGUAAAGAGAGAGGGAUUAGAGUUGCCAAUACUCCUGAUGUUUUGACUGAUGAUGUUGCUGACUUGGCAAUUGGGUUGAUUUUAGGGGUUUUGAGGAAGAUUUGUGGCUGUGAUGGGUUUGUUCGAGAUGGGAAAUGGACAGGUGGGGAGUUUGAAUUGACUACCAAGUUCAGUGGCAAACCAGUUGGAAUUGUUGGGUUAGGCAGAAUUGGCACAGCAAUUGCCAAAAGAGCUGAAGCUUUUAAUUGCCCUAUAAGUUACUAUUCAAGAACUCAAAAACCAUAUGCAAAUUACAAAUACUUCUCUAAUGUUGUGGAUUUAGCCAAAAACUGUCAAAUUCUAGUUGUGGCUUGUGCUCUAACAGAAGAGACUCGCCACAUUAUCAACCGGGAAGUCAUUGACGCGUUAGGUCCGAAGGGCAUUCUAAUCAAUAUUGGUCGAGGCGCGCAUGUCGAUGAACCUGAGCUUGUGUCUGCACUACUUGAAGGCCGGCUAGCUGGUGCAGGGCUUGAUGUAUAUGAAAAUGAACCUGAGGCUCCUGAACAAUUGUUUAGCCUUGAUAAUGUUUUUCUUCAGCCGCAUGUGGGGAGUGACACUGUGGAGACCAGCAAUGCCAUGGCAGAACUUGUGAUUGCAAACUUGGAGGCACACUUCAGCAAUAAGUCCCUCUUAACUCCAGUUUUAUGAUUAUGUUUGAGAUAUUAUCUAAACCUUUUCGAAUUUUAAUCAAAUGUAACAUUAUUCAA